AUGGAUUUAAACAAGAAACAAACUACACUCGAGAAGACGGAGAUAGAAAGGGCGAGUAUCGACGUACCUAACAAGGAGAUGAUGGAGGUGGAGCGGUCGCCGACGGAUCAGCUCUGCCAGACGAUCUACAUAGAGGACUUACUUCAGGAUCCUAUUCCUGAAGAACGAAAAGAAAGGAAGGAACAUACGCUACCGGUGGUCGACAUCGAGAAGCAAUCUCUGGAACGGAGGAGACCAGGCCCUAAAUCUUUCAAAGGAAGGACAGCAGAGAGUCACAGCCGGGAAUCCUCUGCGAUGGACACGGAGACGUACGAGAUAAGCUCUUCGGACAGCGACGUACCGGACUAUGGAAGGAACAGGAGGAGAAGAGCCGUAAUUGAGGAAGACUCUGACGUAUCUCCACCGGAAAAGGUAAACAUUGGGAAUUCAGGAAUACAAAGAACAACCGGUAACAGGAAAAGGGAAAGAAUGGUCUCGGAUGUGGACAGUGACAACAGGAGAAGCAGAACAACGGGAGAUUAUGUUGGCAGGAGAGAAGCCAUACAAAGAUAUAAUGAGGCAAAGGAAGAAUCCCUACAGCUAGACAGGGAAAAAUUAAUCAGAGAGUACAGCAGCUUUGAGCUUUUUAAGAAAGCAAAAGUUGAUAUCGAUAAAAUCAAAGAAAAAAUGGAAGGGAACUCUCUAGAGGAAUUACAAGAAAAAGUAAGCGAAAAUAUGACGGAGGUUAUGCGAAUUGCGAGAUGUUCCAGUAAUCUGAAAGGAACAUUUCAAAAAAGUCUGAAGAUCGCAGCAUCGACGUCCAUGGGGAUCUUCGACAUUAUGAAAGAAAGGGCAAAGCUCUCUAAAGAAGACUCAAAAUCAGAAGAAGUCAGAGCACUAAAGCGAGAAAUAGCUAAGCUAAAACACAAACUAGAAGAAGGCUUAGAAAGCGAGAAGCGAAAAGCGCUACAAGCGAAAGGCGAAGCGGAGGCGUAUAAAUCGGAGCUACAGGCGCUCAAAAAGGCGAAAGAAAGGCAAGAGAAAAAGGACAAAACUCCCAGUCCUAAAGAAAAAGACAAAGAGAGAAACAACAGAGGAAAGUCAGCCUCUGACACAACCAAAAAGAGUCCGAGAAGAAUUCCAUCGGACAAAAUAAAAGAGAGGGACAAGCUCAUGACGUCAGAGUCUGAGUACAUGGAUGUAGACGAGAAGACGUCCAGAACAAAGAAGGUUAUACUGGACAACCCAGAAAAAUGGCCAGAGGCAAUAAAGAAAAAACUGACCACAGAUCAACUGGUAAGGAAGGAAAGACAGGGACCUAAGAGCAGAAGAAGUGAAACAGAUGUCGACACGCAUAACCUGGCAGACAUGAUAAGGAGAAUCGUGGCUGAGGAACUUUCCAAAGCUAACAGAAAAUCAGUUAUUACGGACAUCCAAACACUGAAAACACCAGUCAGGCUGGAAAAAGGAAAGAGCAAAGACAUGGAUAGAAAGUAUACAAAAGUAGAAAACAAGGGCACUAAAGCCAACUCUAAAGAGACUUCUUCUAAGAAUACCGAGAAGGAAAAAACAAGGACAACUCUGGAAGAGGAAAUAGAUAGGGAAGAAAAAGAAAAAGAGCUACCCUGGAGUAGAGUUGUAGGAAGAAAGGAAAAACAUGCAGCAAGCGCGGGAAAGAAGAUCGGAGCGAAGAAAACUCUCUCCUUCACUCCAACGAAAACUCCCAAAGCCUCGCGGGCGGAAGGAGACAAGGACAGCAGAAGAGUGCCGAAGACAGCAGCAAUACAAAUCAGUUGCCGAGGAGAGGCGUCAUACACAGAGGUUAUGCGUACAGCAAGAGAAAAGGUGGAUAUAGACGCAAUGGGAAUCCAUGAUCUAAGACCCAGAAAGUCGAGAACAGAAGCACUGUUGCUGGAGAUCCCAGGAGCGGAAAACAGUAUCAAAGCAGAUAAACUAGCGGAGAAACUGCAGCAAGCCCUGGAAGGACAGCGGGAUGUUCUGGUAUCGAGACUAGAAAAGAUGGCAGACAUCCGAAUGAAGGACCUAGAAGAGUCCACAACAAAAGAGGACAUCCUUUUGGCUCUUACGUUACAUGGGAACUGCUCCGACAAGACCAUAGGAUGGGCAUGCAAACCUCCUGUAAUCAAAGGAAAGAGCAAAAAAGAGCCUAGAGCUAGCGGAAGGGAACUCUCUCAAGACCCAACUAAAAACAAGGAGAAUCUGGGAAUGGAGGUGGAGGAUAAUCCCCAAACUCAGUCUCGAACAGAAGAAAGAAAAGAGAGGGAAGCGAGCGUCAUUAGACAGUUAGCUAAGUGUAGUGUAAAAGAGGGAGCUAAGUCCGAAGACACUAGAAUUAUGGAAGAAAUGGAGGUUGAGGAGAUCAGAAUAGAAAGCAUCCCCGGCAACCAAACAUCUCAGGUAGCAACGGAAUGGCCUGAACUAGGACAGGAGUGGACAAUGACCACUCAAGAUGCACCGAGAAAAGAAGGAAACGGAGAAGGAGGACUCCAGCACAAAGAACAAAACGAUGAUCAAUAA